AAAACUUCCCAAACUCAUCUGCAAUAAUUACUAGUAGUUUUGCUAUACCUGUUACUAACAUUAGUAAUUCUGCUAUACCUAUUACCAAUACUAGUAAUUCUGCUACACCUGUUACUAAUACUAGUAAUUCUGCUGCACCUGUUACCAAUACUAGUAAUCCUAUUACUCAUACUACCUCUAAUAAUCCUGCUAUUAAUAUUACCACUACCUCUAGUAAUCCUGCUACUUAUAUUGCCUCCAACUCUAGCAAUUCUGCUAGUAAUUCCUCUACACCUACUAACUUUAAUAAUCCUACUAGAUCUACUACUUAUAGUAAAAUUAAUUUUCAUAGAAUUCUUGCUGAAUUAAUUACUCCUAAUAAUGAAAAUGAAAUGUCUAUAGAUAGUAGCAGUGAAGAAGAAAGUAAUGAAAAUAAAAUAUUAAGUUUAUCUAUUCUUUACAAUAAAGCAGAAUUUAAUGAAAUAUUAGAAAAUAGAAGAAUUUCUAUAAAUAAAGCUAAAUCUACAGCCUACAAUGAAAUUUUGGCAAAGAAUUCUCAUCUUACUAAAGAUA